UUUGUAAAAAACAUGGGCAAAUUUUAUAUAUUUUCUGUAGGUUUAUAUAUAUAUAUAUCUAUGCGUGCAUGUGCGUGUGUGUGUGUGUGUGUGCGCGUGCGAAUUCGCGUGUGUGUGUAUGUGUGAUACGCAUUUCAUAAAAGCAAUAUUAUUUAGAAGCAUAACUGAUGAAAUAACGUAUCUCUAUAUAUCUCAAAUACAUGAAAUAAAAUGUAUUAAUUGAAAUAUUAUACAAAUUCAAUACUAGGCGAUUAAAUAGGCCUCGCUAAAAAAAAAUUCAAAUUAAUGUAAAAUAACUUAAAAAAAAAAAAAAAGAAAAAAUUUUGUUUGUUAAUCCGCGAAGGGAGGGGUAUAUAUUAAGUAUAUAAACGUCAAUGAACGUGAAAUGAGUGAUAAUGUCUUUAUCAUUAUCAUAAUACAUCCUUUAAAAAUAAUCUAAUGGUAUAUUUAAAUAAUGAAAUUAUUAUUUCUUCAUAUAAUAACGAUAUCGUGCUUUCUUCUAUUUUAUAGAUAUAUUAUGCCAAAAUAUUUAUAUCGAAAUUGAGUAUGGACUGAAUCACAUCGGAUAAAUUAAUAAUCAUCGCAUUUGAUAAAAAUAUCUAAGAUAUAUGAAUCUGCCCUUAGAUAUAUUUAUCUCUAAUAAGGAUAUAAUUAUAUGAAAUUUUUUUUACACCGAAUUUUUCUACCGGUCGAUUGAUCUAUUUAUAAUAUUUAAAAAAAAAAAAAAAAAAAGAAAAAGGAGAAAAAAAAAGAAAAAAAAAAUUGGAAAAAAAAACAAAACGAAAGAAGUAAAAAAGUGAGAAAGGAAGAAGAGAAAGAAAACAAAGGCUGGUUUUAUAUCGUUUCCUUUUUAUAUUAUUAUUAUUAUUAUUAUUAUUAUUAUUAUUAUUAUUAUUAUUAUUAUUAUUAUUGCAAUAAGAGGUUGUGAAGCGAUUCGACUGUUGUAUUAUCACGUACGCAUAUGAUUGUGUUUAAUACGUGUUAUGAUAUUAAGUUUCCUAUAAAAAACGAAACGUACACUCACAUAUUUCUCGAUAUAUAUGUACAUUAACUAUAUAUAUAUAUAUAUAUGCAAUUUAUAUACAAGCAUAUAUAUAUAUAUAUAUAUACAUAUACAUAAUUCGUUCUUUUAUAUGCGUAUACACAUAAUUAGCGUGCUGCAUUCUUCUCCAUAAUCCUAAGAACGAAACAGAUUUAUAUUUUAAAAAAGGUAUCGUCAUGGUACGUCUUAAAGCUAAUCGAUCGAUCGAAUAUGUUAAAUGUACUGAUGAAAAAAAAUGUACUAAUGAAAAAAAAAAAAAAAAGAAAAGAAAACAACCAUAAGGAAGAACUAUUGCCCUCGUAAAAUAGCGAACGAUGUUAAAAUUUAAUGCUGUCGUUUGUGUGUAUAAAAAAAAAAAGAAAAAAAAAAAGAGAAAAAAAAUAAGGAAGAAAAAAGGAAAAAAGGAAAAAAAAAAGAAAGAGAAAAAAAAAGAAAAAAAAAAAAGAAAACCCGAUAAUUAAUGCGACUUCAUACCGUGUAUGUGUAUAGAACGUAGAGCGAAUAAUAAUUUUUAAAAUGCUCUAAGAUAAGAUCUUAGAAUUUGUUAGAGAUCAUCUAACAUAAGUGUUUCGAGCGAGAAUGUGACUGAUUGAGAUUGUAUUAUACAAAUUUCUUUAUCUUUUUUUCUUUUUUUUUUUCUUUUUUUUCUAAUCAUUUUUCUAUUACGAGAAACGUUAGAGAUCGUUCCGUCAGGGUUUUAAAGAAAUGAGAAAGAAAAUUGAGGGAAAAGAAGGAGAAAAAGAAAAUAACUAUUCAAUCUAAUCCAAUCUAAUUCGAUAGAAUGAAAGAGAAAGAAAUAAAGUGACUGACUGGAUUUUUUAAAUUGUAAGGAAAUAUUCUGAAAAAAAAAAAAAAAGAAAAGAAAAGAAAAAAGAAAAAACUGACGAGCCUCUUCGACGCGCCAUUUGUAAUAAUAAACUGUUUUCGUACUUUUAUUAGACGCGUCGAAUAAGUUUUAGUCUCUAAGUUAAUUUAUACCUAUAUAAAUAAAUAAAUUAUAUAUAUAUAUGUAUACAUAUAUAUAUAUUAAGUCAAGUAUAAUAUACAAUUCAUGUUUUUUAUAUAUAUAUGACGUGUUUGUUAUAUCUAUCCCUCGUGUGUGUGUGUGUGUGUGUACAUGUGUAUUUAUGCAUUAGACGAACAUUCAUUUUUCACAUAAUCACGGUGGUAAUAGAGGUAAAAGCAUUUACCAUUAUCGAACGGGAAUUUUUUUUUAUUUAUCAGACAUAUACGAUCUUGACGUAUCCCCGUUCAUUAGGGUCGAAACGUGGAAUAAUGAUUUCAGAUACGGUUCAAUAUAUUACCAUACGUAUAUAUAUAUAUGUACAUAUAUUUUUAGGUCGCCAUUAGUAUCUUUUAUAUUUUCUUAUAACUGUAUAUUCAAUAGAACUGGUUUACGAAGAACGGUCACCGAUGAUCGUUCUUCGAGUUUAUUUAAUACUCGCGUUACUUCAAUAUAUUUUUGAUAAUGUAUUAGCAGCCAAUGGUUUGAUAUGGGACAAGUAUCGACAAAAUUUCGUUCAAUUAUAUUCGAUACCAAGAUUCGCAGCUUUAAAUGACGAGAUACAAGCGAAACGACGACGAUCCGAGUUAUACAUUUUUCAUCAUGAACCCAUCAGAGUGGCUUACUAUGAGGAUCCUCAUGUGGUCAUGUUCUACGAAAACAACACCAAAAUUCGAGGUAUUUCCGGCGAAGUAUGGACGCUACUCGCUGAUUAUUUAAAUUUUACAUUAAUACCAGUGAAAAGCAAAUCUAAUACAUUCGGUGAACCUUUGGAAGAUGGUACCUACGACGGGGUCAUGGGUAUUUUUAAACGUAACGAAACUGAUAUCAUUUUGCGAACUGGACUUUAUAAGUUUCGUAAAAAAGAUAUGGAUUAUACUAUUCCUAUUUAUCGUACCGGAUAUAAUUUGCUAAUACGUCCAAAAUGGCAAUACGAUAAUAUGUGGUUAAUAGAAAUGUUCUCGAUAAAAACCUGGUACUUCAUUAUAUCCAUAUUCGUGAUUCUUUGUCUUUUCGGUUAUUUCGCACAAAAGAUACCAGAAAUAAAUACUGAAGAUAAUAAAACCAAUAUCAAUUUCAAUUUGAGCGAUCACAUCUUUCAUACGUUCGCUAUAAUGUGUUCCCAAGGAUAUCUACCAUCGGAUUACUUCGACAAAUUCAAGAUACUUUCCACUUCGAAGAAUAUUUUUUCUUGGCUAAUAUUUUUAACCUUUAGCUCGCAUUUGAUAUAUCGUAUGACCAACAGAGAAUUGAUACCACCAUUCAAGGAUUUCAAUGAUUUAUUAAGCAAUACCAAUUAUAUUAUACUGAGUUUUCGUGGAUCAAUGGUACAUGAAUCCUUCGAGGUAUAUAUCGAAAUUAUUUUCGAAUUAUUCAUUAUGAUAGAACGUAUGAUUAACCCGUGUAAUAACAAAAACAAAUAUGCGAUAUUCGAAGUACACGAUACGUUUACUGUUAUAAGUAGAUUCGUUUGUACAUUAAUGCCUAUUGGUAAUCUUUAUUAUAAAACAUGGAUUACAUUCGGAAUUCAAAAACAUCUACCGUAUAAGAGAACGAUCGAUAUCGCGAUCAUAAAGAUGCAAGAAGUUGGAUUGGUUGAUUGCUUGAAGGAACGCUGGUUGUUAACAAAACUCGACAAUAAGGAGAACAAUCGUUUCGAGAAGAUCGACUUCGAUCAAAUUUACGUUAUAUUCUGUAUUUUAUCGAUAGGACUUUUAGCGGCCAUUUUGGUACUUGCCAUAGAGCACAUUGUCUUCUUUUACGAAUCGAAAUUAGACGUGAAAAUUGAGAAACGAGUUAGACGUAAAACAGUAAAGAUAUUAAAUUAAAUAACGAAAUAAAUAGAAUCGUGUUUAUGAUGAUGAUUCUUCGAA